UUAACUAUAUUUUACAUUCAAAAGUCAACCUUUCAAUGGAGGUUCAUCCUGCUGCUCUUCUUCUGCUUCUUUCGUGCUUCACGAUUGCUUCUUAUGCUCAUAAUGUCCACCUCUCCACUCUUAACCAAUCUCUCAUUGUUACCGCUUCCGCUACACCGGGCCAAGUGUCGAAGGCAGGGACCGAUACAAUUACCAUCACAUGGGCCUACAACCCGAACCUCACAGUUUCGGAUGCGAACUACACCACUAUUGAAGCGAAGCUAUGCUAUGCACCCGUGAGCCAAACGGGCAGAGAUGACAGAAAAACAGAUGACAAUCUCGAUCUUGACAAGACCUGCCCGUUUGACAUCACGGAUGGGCCAUACAAACGCUCAAACAACACGUUUAUAUGGACAAUUCCAAGAGACACCCCCUCGGCUACAUAUUUCGUGAGGGUGUACGUCAUAAACGCUAAGAACCAUGAGAUCGCCUAUGGCCAGAACACCGAUGCGUCCAAGGCCACUAACUUGAUUCAGAUUGAUGGAGUCGUUAGCGAGCAAAAAGACUCGGCAGCGUGGCCGGUUAUCGGUAACUCUUUUGGCUAUCGCUAUGCAUGGCUUCUUAUGCUAAUACUGAUCUUGUGAAUUGGUUAAACCAUUGUGAUAUGUUGUCACGAAGUCAUGAACUUUAAUUUAUCAUGUUAAUAAUGCUUUUAUCGAAAAUUGUUUCGAUAUCUUUCACGACAAUUGUUUAAGGAUUUGUUCAAUUUUACAUGUAUUUAUCGUGUGUUAAAAAAUCGCUCAACCGUUGUUUCUUGUUGUUUUGGCAAUAAAAAGAAUUAAUGCUUCGAUUAAA